AUGCAACCAGCCACUGGGCCCGUGCCAAAUAUCAGAUCGCAAGUGUUGCCGCAAGGAAUCAGCAAAAAAAUAUUUGAGGAAGCUAUCGAAGAGCUGAAGCCUUUGGUGGAUGGCGAUGUGUUGCUUGUGAAUGAAGAGCUGGAUGAUGGGUGGUAUUUGCAUCGGCCGCUCACACACGAUGCAUUCCCGCUUGGAGCCCAGGAUGAAUUUGUUAAUAGUGCGAUAUGCUCGCCUGGAAGUGUUGAACAAGUCCAAGCGGUGGUGAGGUGGGCGAAUAAGUGGCUAAUUCCGAUAUAUCCAAUUUCAAUGGGAAGGAAUCUUGGUUACGGAGGAGCUGCUGCUCGACUACCAGGAUCCAUCGUAGUGGAUCUCGGGAAGAGAAUGAAGAAAGUCCUCGAGCUUGAUGAGAAGAGUGCGUUUUGCCUGCUUGAACCAGGUGUGAGCUACUACAUGCUCUUUGACGAGAUCAAGAAGUCGGGGAAGGAUCUCUGGGUUGAUGUUCCAGACCUUGGAGGCGGGAGUGUGAUUGGCAACGCCUUGGAUAGAGGAGUUGGGUAUACGCCCUAUGGAGACCACUUCGGGAUGCACUGUGGCCUGGAAAUCGUCCUACCAGACGGCGAGCUGAUGCGAACCGGUAUGGGCGCCAUGCCAGAUGCGAAUACCUCGCACGGCAGCGCGAACACAUGGCAGCUGUUUCAAUACGGCUUCGGGCCGUACGCUGACGGUCUGUUCUCGCAGUCGAACUAUGGCAUUGUGACCAAGAUGGGAUUCUGGCUGAUGCCGAAUCCGAAAGGGCAUCAGACGUUUCAGAUCACGUUUGAGAAGGAGGAAGAUCUCUAUGAGAUUGUAGAGACUAUUCGGCCGCUGCGAAUACGGAAUAUCAUUCCUAAUGUGCCGCAUCUUCGACAUAUCAUGCAGGAGGCGAGUGUUUAUGGUGAUAGGAAGGCAUUCUGGGAUGGUGAUAGACCUAUCCCACACGAUAAGAUCGAUGAAGUUAUCGUUCCCAAAAUGUGGAUGGGGAAUUUUAGAUGGAUUCUGUACCUCUGUGUUUAUGGUCCGGAGGUCAUUCGGAAAGCUCACAUCGAUGUCAUCCGCGAGGAGUUCUACAAGAUCCCAGGCGCCAAAUUUACUUUCCCCGAAGACACACCCGCGAACUCCUACUUGCGAAGUCGGGUCAAUAUAUACGCGGGCAUUCCCGAUUUGCGAGAGUUGGACUGGGUAAUGUGGCUUCCGAAUGGCUCGCAUACAGCGUUUAGCCCAAUCAGUCCGACAACAGGAGAAGACGCAGUCAAGCAGUACGAGAUGACGAAACGGAUCCAUCAAAAGUACGGUUUCGAUUACUUCCCUACAUUCUGUGUUGGCUGGCGUGAGAUGCAUCAUAUCGUGAUGAUAAUCUUUGACCGGAAAAGCGAAGACUCAAAGCGGCGGGCGACUGCCAUGAUGAAGGAACUGAUCAGCGAAGGCGCGAAAUUGGGCAUGGGCGAGUAUAGAACACACAUCGCAUUUCAAGAUCAGGUCAUGAAGACGUACAAUUACAAUGACGGGGCUUUGUUGAAGUUUCAUGACCAGAUUAAAGAUGCGCUCGAUCCCAACGGCAUCAUGGCACCUGGCAGAAAUGGAAUCUGGGGAUCUCGAUGGAAAGAGAAAGGUCUAGAGCGGGCAUAG